AUGAACUUCGAACUCCCCUCGGACCUCCAAUCCUACCUCGGACGUCUCGACACCUUUAUCCAUGACAAGAUCCUGCCUCUUCAGCACAGAAACGACAAUAAUCGCUUCUUCGACCAUCGUCGCGAAUCAUCCCGGACCCAAUGGGACAACCAAGGCCUCCCGACUCCGGAAUGGGAAGAUCUCCUCCGUCAAGCCCGCAAACUUGCCGAUGACGCUGGAUUCUACCGAUUCCCCUUCCCCAAGGAAUUUGGCGGUGCCGGUAGCGACUCUCAAAACCUGUACAUGUGUGCCAUCCGGUACCAUCUAGCUUCUAACCCAGUCUAUGGAGGCGGAGUGGGUCUGGCAAACGAUCUACAGAACGAGCACAGCGUUGUCGGGAACAACCCCAUCAUCAUCAUGCUGCAUCACUAUGGCACGCCAGAGCAGCAAAAGAAGUUCAUCCCCGCCAGUAUCCGCGGCGAGUUCCGAGCUACGUUUGGCUUGACGGAGAUUCAUCAUGGCUCAGACGCCACGCACAUGGACACGACCGCGAAAUCCGUCACGCUCCCAUCAGGGGAACCGGGAUACGAGAUCAAUGGCAACAAGAAGUGGCAGACCGGUAUGCACAGUGCAACGCACUGUCUCGUGUUUGCGCGGACUUCUGGCCAAGCGGGAUCACCGCGAGGAAUUACCGCUUUCAUCGUCCCUCGAGAGACGCCCGGCGUCGAAGUCGCUUCGUACGAAUGGACACUGAACAUGCCCACCGACCACGCCACCGUCUUGUUUGAGAACGUGCGUGUUCCGGCGUCGGCCGUGCUGGGCCCCGUCGAUAACGGUCUCGCCAUCGCACAGACAUUCACACACGAGAAUCGAAUCCGUCAAGCCAGCUCGAGCUGUGGAGCUGCUCGCUACUGCAUUGAUCGCAGCGUCGAGUACGCAAAGCGACGAACGGUAUUCGGAAAACCUCUGUCCUCCAAUCAGGCAAUUCAAUGGCCACUCGUCGAAUUGGCAACGCAAGCGGAAAUGCUGAGGCUGUUGAUUCUCCGCACCGCCGUAGAAAUGGAUCAAGUGACGGCACAAUGCAAAGCCAGUGGCAAAGCGCCGUGGAUAGCUAUUGAGAAACAGCUAGGCCACAAGAUCGGCAUGUGCAAUUACUAUGCCAACAGAUUGGCCACCGAAUCCGCUGAUCGAGCAAUCCAAAUCCAUGGCGGAGUGGGUUAUUCCAGGCACCAUCCGUUUGAGCAUAUCUGGAGACAUUUUAGACGCUAUCGAAUUACCGAAGGCAGCGAGGAGGUGCAGAUCAGAAAAGUAGCUGCUUAUUUGUUUGGGUAUAAGACCACCGGUGAAGAAGGCGGAAAGCAGGCAACGGAACAGGAGAUGAAAAAAAGCGAGGCCAAAUUGUGA